AUGAGUAAGUCAUAUAAACGUGAAGUCAGUGGUGGUAGAAAAAGAAAACAAAGUAAUGAAGAUGUAGUUAAUGAACAGAGAAUUUACUAUGAAUGGAGAGAUGAAUUGGAUAAUUCUGACAGUGAGGAAAUAAUUACUAGAAAAAAUGACCAGGAAAAAGAAGAAGAAAAAAAGAAAAAACAAAGGAUUAAAGAAAAAUAUCAAAGACUUAAAGAACAGAAGGAAGAAGAGGAAAAAAGUGAAGAAGUUAUCCCUUUUAGAUUACCUCCUGAAUUGGUACAAGUCAGUGUUCAACAAGAGAAACCUUCAAAAGCACUUCCAUUAAAAAAAGGAGACACUGUUAGAUUCAAGAAUGAAUUUAUUCUUGGUACAAAUGGAAUAAAAGUAGGUGAAAAAGAAAAUAAAACAAUAAAAAUAUUAGAAUAUUAUGGGUAUGAUGAUAAUGUUUGGAAAGAGUCAUCAAGUGAAGAAGUAAUUAUAAUGAAAAAAGGUAAAAAAGAUGAGGUUAUUAGUCAAGAAGAUGAAAAAAAAUCUGCUUCAAAUAAAGAAAAUGAAGACGAAAAGGAAUAUACUUCAAGUCAAGAACAGGAUAAUGACAAUCAACUUAUUUCAAGUCAAAACGAGGAAGAUGAAAAAGAAUAUACGUCAAAUCAAAAUGAUGAAGAUGAAAAUAAAGGGUUUAAUAGUCAAAGCUUUUAUGACAGUGAUGAACAAAACCAAGAAGAAAAAGAAGAUGAAAUUCAAAAUCUACAUACAAAUGAAGAAGAACAAAAGGGUCAGGAUGAUUCGUUAACAUGUAAUGAUAACAAUGAUAGUUCAAGUAAAACUUCUUAUGAAAGUGAUUUGUAA